UCUCUCUGGUUCGCCAGUAAAAUUAUGACCGCAGACUGAAAAAAAAAAAAAAAAAAAAUGGCGGCAUCAUCGUCUCAUCUCUUCUUCGCACUCCCUUCGUCGCGUCUCCAUACACCUUCUCCAGCUGCACCAAACCGGAACCGAGUCCGUGUUCUUGCGAAAUCAUGCCCGGGGAAUCAGACCUUCGAUUCGGACAAUUCAGAUUCUUCCUCGGAGACUUCCAACAAAACCCAGCUGGGUGAUCAGAAAUCGGUGUCACGGAGACAGUGGAUGACGGCAUGUGUGUGCGGAUCCGCAGCUUUAAUUAGCAAUGCUUAUACCUUUGUCUCUGUGGAAAGUGCAGCUGCUUUAGACAAGAAACCAGGAGGUUCUUGCCGUAACUGUCAGGGCAGUGGUGCUGUUCUUUGUGAUAUGUGUGGUGGUACAGGAAAAUGGAAAGCUCUCAACCGGAAACGUGCCAAAGAUGUGUAUGAGUUCACUGAAUGUCCAAAUUGUUACGGUCGGGGUAAGCUUGUUUGCCCGGUCUGUUUGGGUACAGGUUUACCAAACAACAAAGGUCUUCUUAGAAGGCCUGGUGCUCGCGAGCUACUCCAAAAGAUGUACAAUGGUCGGCUUCUUCCCGAUUCAUGAGCAGGUAGAUUGUGUGACUGCAAAUCUUGCUUUUAAGCACAGAGUCAAUAGACAUGAUUACAGCAGCGGAAAAAAAACUUACACAUUGAGGAAGCAUGGAAAGUAUAGAAGAAUUUGAACAAUUCAACAUGUUUUUGUAAUGUUGCUAGGUUUAUGUUGUAAAUUCGAUAAUCCUUAAACUUUCCUUCUCCCGCAGACCCUGAUCACCAACAUGAACCAUAAACGAGUCCCUGAGCAAAUGCUUAGGUAUGAGCCGAAGAAAAAUGUGAGUGUUAAGUGUAUAUGCAUGAUAAGGUCUCUUGGCCUUACUAGUUACUACUUCUUCCGUCCUUUUUAGCCUCAUGGCCCUCAUCAAUAUUAUAUAAUACGCACA